AAUGGUGCUGAUGAGGGCGAGGAGGAGAUGUGUGUGUGACGCUGCUGUUGUGUCCUGCUGCCAUUUCAUCAGCGGAUCAUCACGGAAAUAUCAACAGUCCUGCUCACAUGAAGCAGCAGGAGCUCGGAUGGUGUGUCCGUCUUCACCCUCAGCUGUGUGUUUUCUGAGCCUUUAGACAGCGAUGCUGGACAGCAGGCCUGGUUAAUGUGCUGCAUGUUGUUGGCGGGUUAUUUGUGUGAGCAUCAAUACAUCCACUGCUGGUCUGGAGGGUCAUUUUCAGGAGACACUACCGUCGAUAAUGGGGUUUGUUUUUCGUAGGUACUGAGCUCUAACUUAAGGUUUUCUUUUCCUGAGACAUGGAGACGAUAUGGCUCUAUCAGUUCCGUCUGAUCGUCAUUGGAGACUCCACGGUCGGCAAGUCGUGUCUGAUCCGGAGGUUCACUGAGGGCCGCUUCGCCCAGGUGUCCGACCCCACCGUGGGGGUGGACUUCUUCUCUCGCCUGGUGGAGAUCGAGCCGGGGAAGAGGAUCAAACUGCAGAUCUGGGACACUGCAGGGCAGGAAAGGUUCAGGUCCAUCACCAGAGCCUACUACCGUAACUCAGUGGGUGGCCUCCUGCUGUUCGACAUCACGAACCGCCGCUCCUUCCAAAACGUCCACAACUGGCUGGAGGAGGCCCAGAGCCACGUCCAGCCGCACAGCAUCGUCUUCCUGCUGGUCGGCCACAAGUGCGACCUGGAGGCCCAGCGUCAGGUGACCCAGCAGGAGGCCGAGAAGCUGGCGGGGGCCUUCGGGAUGCGAUAUGUGGAGACGUCGGCACGAGACGCCAUCAACGUGGAGAAGGCUUUCGUGGACCUGACGAAGGAAAUCUUUGAGCUGGUACGGAACGGAGACAUCAAGAUCCAGGACGGCUGGGAGGGCGUCAAGAGCGGAUUUGUUCCCAACACCGUCCACUCCUCUGAGGAGGUCACUAAGGGCAGCCGGCAGUGCUUCUGCUGAUCUACCCGAGUGGACUCAUUUGUAGAAGAUCCCCAUUUGGCUGCUCUCAGGCCAGUUUUUGGGACUCAUAAUGUUUCCCUGCUCAGUUACACACUUUACUUCUAUAUAUAAGACAUUAUUUCAUCAUUGGGGUGCCUGUUUAAGGCUCUGUCCAAACUUAGGACACUUUGUCGAUGUUCAUAGCAGGCGUAGAAGCACAAGAAGCAUCCUAACUCCUCACUUUUCCGUGUGCAUGUGUGUGUAGCUGUAAUAACCCUGCUGUCUUUGCAGCUGUUACCAACACCUCAGCUUUACUCCACUUUUGGCCUUUCCUGAUGUGUACAGUUAUACUGCAGUGGCCGGUUCUGUUGUUGCCUCACAUCGCUAAGAGACUGUCAGUGUAGUGUACUUUUACUCAUGUGUCAACAUGAGUUUAAUUUAAAUCUGAGUCAGUGAUGCCAAGACUGAGCCAUGACCUCGUCCUUUUCAGGCAGAAUAUAUUGCAGCCUUGUGUGGGGCAACAGCCUGUACUACAAAUCUGAGUGGCUUAAUGCAUAAAGAGGGUGGAGCAGGAUGAAAAAAAUGAACUCCAGUUGAACCAAAGUUUGAGAUGCUGUCGUGUUUUGUGUGUCUGACCGCUGAAGGACGAGUUUGCGCAAUGAAAACGUUCAAUGCUGGAAGGAAAAGGUGCUGCUGCUGCUCUCUGACGGCCUUCAAAAGGAUCGAUCAUAGCGAAGGUUUUAACCGUGCAGUAGGUACCAGAUUUGUGUGUACUAAUCUAUGAUGGAAAACAGGUAAGACACAACCUUAAAGCCUUUUGUAUGGAAUCCUGAGUCCAAAAAACAUUAAAAAUUUGAAUGAAUCAUGUGAAUAAAUUGUGUAAAAUACAUGAAUGA